UGGUCGGACGUCAGUUUCGUUUUUCCUCGAGCUACCUAUUCUCUAUAUUCUAUUCCGAUUGCCAGUCGUUAAUCAGGAGGUUGAAUCACCAAGGGUAUGGUCGAGGUUCUAAUGAAAGGGAGGCGAAUGAGUCGGUACGAGGAGCCAGGAGGAGAAGACGAAACUCAAGUUAAAUUGAGAAGAGGAAAUUUAACGAACUUUCCGAGCGAGAACAAGAUGGACGUGCAAUUUUAAUAAAGCCGGUGCUCGCCCGACGGCGAAGUAAUAGACUCGGUGCUGUGUAGUAGUACCUUACGUUCUAAAAUUCGUCGUUAAACCGUCGUUUAAUUUUCUUCGCGGGGGAACGAGAUUAAGGUUGCUUUUAAAAAGUGUUUAUUUGAUCUUCGCUCCAACCGGAGUCAGUGUGUCAAGGAUGUCAGUUACAACAACCCUCAACGUCCCACUGAACCGUCUUGUGAUCUAACCGGGGAGCCUUGAGUUACAGCGCACGCGAACGCCCCGUCCUUGGUAAUUUUGCCCAGUGGCGACGUCCAAACGAAACCCAUCGGUUCCAGCAUCGUCCUCACGUGCACACCGGAUGUCGAGAAACUGGAACUCGUUACGGACAUGCAAUGGCUCGAUCCUCAAAACAGGGUGAUCGAAUCUCUGAACCUUCGCGUAUUGUCGAUCGGCGAGAGCAAUGUGCAAGGUACCACCAAACCGACCAUAUACACGGAAAUGAAUCAGGAUAACAGUCUGAAACUGUUAUUCGAUUCGCUCAAGGAAGAUCAGGAAGGGCAAUACACGUGCAAGGCCAAUUAUGCAAGCAACAUACAACUAAUAAAGACCGUAACGAUCAAUACUAUAAUUGCAAUCACGUGGGACGAUGCACCGUUAGAUCAGUUUCCUAUUCUUGGCGAGGACUACUCGGUAAAGUGCAAAGUUCGCGCGAGACCGUCGCCCUCGGUCGAUUGGCUCUUCAAUGACGAAGUGAUAAGAACCAACGAUCAUUAUAUCAUUGAGACACACGCCCUCAAGAUCAAGAACGUUCAAGAAUCUGACGAUGGUAUCUAUACCUGUCGCGCUUCUGUGGCGACCACCGGAGAACUUAAACGACGCGCUAUUCGUGUGGAGGUCCACGUUAGACCUGUGAUCGAGGAACUGAAAUCUCCGCUGGAAAUAAUCGAGGGGGAGAAUGCCAAUAUAGCGUGCAACGCUAGGGGUAAACCACCUCCAAAGUUCAGUUGGGUUAAAUCGCUCAGGCAGCAAAAUCUAUCGUCUGCCGAUCGAUUUGGGGUUAAUCCUGAUACUGGAGUACUGACUAUCACCAAUGUGAACCGAGAGGAUGCCAGGGAGUAUCAGUGCAUUGCAACUAAUGCGGCAGGUCGAGCUAUUGCCAACAUCCGGGUAGACGUCAUCGUGAAGCCAAAGAUCAUGGAAUUCCUCAACGAGACGGUAGCAGUCGGAAAUGCAACUAGUAUCAGUUGCAGAGCUUUUGGUAGACCUCCUCCCAAGAUCACCUUCAGGAAACACACUUCUAGCAGGCCUUUCGUAAUGGGUAUCCAGUCGGAUGACGAUAGAAUUACUUUGGAGAACGAGUCCAGUGACGUCACUGGCGAAACAGUGGGAACAUUGAAUAUACAGAAGGUCAUGCGCUCUGACGACGGACUUUAUGAAUGCAUCGCGAAGAAUCAGGGUGGUGAUGCCUUCAAAAGUGGCCAUGUCACCGUUGAGUUUCCGCCGUCUUUUACAUCCAUGUCGAAUCAGACUGUCUAUUCCUGGGAACAGAAACCGGUGAAUCUUACGUGCAUUGCCGAAAGCAUUCCCAACGCUACGAUUCGCUGGACUAUGCAUGGUGAUGAGCCUAUUAGGAACUACCCGCAGAUUCGGCAGAUUGGGACUGGACCGAUUUCUGUCCUUAAUAUCGUUCCUAUUGAUAAUCGUUAUUACACCAACUACAAGUGCAUUGCCCAAAAUCGUUAUGGCGCACCGGAACGCAUUAUCGAGUUGAGGGAAGCUAAGAGACCUGGAGAAUUGCUUCAGGUGAAGAUCACGGAAAUCACUGCUACCACCAUCACGUUCGAUAUUAUUCCGCCAGUUACACUCCCGGAUAUGCCAAUCAGGACGAUCAACGUGCAGUACAAGGAGGAAUCGCAAAAUUGGGUUGAGGCUAAGAACAGGACUUGGACUCUUAAUUCCCUCUACGUCGUUGAGAACUUGAAACCGCAGACUCAGUACAAUUUCCGAUUCUCUUCUGCCAAUGCAGUGGGAAGUAGCAAUUGGGCAAAUCAUUUAACCAGAAUGACACCCGUAAAGACUGUUCCAAAUCCCCCCAAGAUGCUCUCGAAGCUGCCAGAGGGUAAAGAUUACGAAGUCUCGAAAUUCAACAGUCAGUACCAGCUGAGGUGGGUGGCACCUCCUGACAAUGGUGAGCCGAUAGACGUCUACCGUAUCAGAUAUUGUAAAACCGAACGAAUCUCUGGCGAGUGGCAAGUUCAAGAAGGUACUUGUUAUACCGUCGACACCAGAAAAACGGAUUACUACCUGAAGGAUCUCCAGGCGGACGCCUACUACAAGGUUGAGCUCAAGGCGCACAACAAGAUUGGCUAUGGCGCUCCAACAUAUCUGACGUUCAAGACCGCCAGAGGUCCAACUGUUAUCACUCACGAGGGACCACUCAUCUCGAGCGCUGCCAUUAUCGGCAUAGUCAUCGCUAUCCUAUUCAUCCUGAUAGUCAUCAUCGACGUGAUCUGCUGCUGCACCCAUAAGACUGGUAUCAUAUUUUACGUCUGCGAACGUUCCAGAAGGAAACCGGUCGACGAGGAAGACGCCAAGCUGGGAAGUCUUUACGGUUGGCGAUUUCCGUUGCCGUAUUGCGACCAAAAAAUGGCCAAUGUCGCCGGGGUAACGGCCAUCCAAGACUCGGGUAGUGGAAAAAAUACCAUUAGAUUGGUCAAACAUACCGCCAUAGAAGAGAAGGAGCCGCUCAAGGAAGAGAAGAAGAUAACGCCGAUAAUCGACUCUGGAUUGCGUCGGGAGACGUCCAUCACCUUCGACGGCAAGAGGUCCGUCUCCAAGACCGGCUUCGUUGGCAAGGACUCGGCCGUCUAGAUAUUCUUCCGGCGUACUAGAUUAUAAAUUGGCAAGGGCCGCCAUCGAGGAUGGAGCAAGAGUAAAUCAUCCACUGGCGAAUAGGUACCCGUCGGCUUCUUAAGGACAAUCCGAAGCAGAAUAAUUCGGCCAAUCGUUGCACGAGGCAAGAUCACGUGGCGGCGCAGCCUUGCGAGGUGAAAUUUUGAAAAAAAUUAUGUCACGAAGAAGUAAAAGGAAACGAGGAGCAGCAACACACAGACACACUGACGCAAGGACAAAAAGAGGAUAUCAGGAAGCAGUUACGUAACACUUGUACUCGCUUUCGGCACGCGAGCGGAAGCGUACUUUUGGCAGAAUCGAGAGAUCAAGGUUUAUUGGUCGGUGGGAGAGAAUUCGCUGAGAAAAGAUAAUAUUGGUAAUAGAUUAAAAACUUUAAGGGAACGAAGAGUCGAUGAAGAUGAGAAAGUGGAAAAAAACAAAUUCGAAUCACAAUUAUCUGUAGUUGUCACAUUUUUAGAGCAUAUUAUGUAACGUGUCCUUGACACUUUUUCUAGUUGACAAUAGUCGGUCCGCUUUUAUCUGUCCUCCAUUUUCUCUUCCGUGAUGCGCGGGAGAUAUGAACUGUACAAAAUUUAGCGCUCAUAUGGAUUGACAUGAAUGAUAAAUGAAAAAUACGUAGAGGUGUGUUUGUCCUAUCCGGGUUAUCGGUAGCUAGUGUUUGAUAACGCUUCGAGAUUGAGGUCACCGUUUAGAUUAUUACGGUCUGGUACGCUGGGUUAUGGAUAUGUCUUUUGGCGCAUUUAAUUACGAAUGCGAUUGCCACGUGUUCGUGGGAAAAAAAAAAAAAAAAACGAAUGCACAAGAUAAUUUUGAUGUUUUGUGUUUAUCUUUCUUUUUUUUUUUCUUCGAAUUUCGGUGUUUACUUAAUAUUCAAAAUUAACGUCUUGCUGCUUAAGGGGCGAGACGAUCGUCUACUUAAUCGCAAUUUUGUAAUGUCAUUAUUGCGACAGCCUGUAUAUAGUUUUGCAAAUUUUCUUCAUUCUGGGACGAUCUUUUAUUCGGUCCAGAUACGUCAGACAAUGCACAUCUUUAUAUUCGCACGGUAGUGCGAAUAUUUUUAUUAUGACAAACUUUCAUGCCAUUUUGUUUUGUAGUUCCAGUUAAUCGAUUGUUUUCUUUAGUUACGUCAUUUCUUUGUAAGACUGAUUCCUUUAAGCAAAACUUAUUAAUCUUAUUACUCUAUACCGGUUAUCUGUAGCGAGGGGUUGUUCUUACUCAUAAAAUAUUUUUAUUUUAAUAAUUUUGUGUAUUACUUCACUUACCAAUUUUGCUUUUUCACUUUGAUACUGUUUUGCGAGCUUUUCUCGCAGGAUUAAGUCUUCGUGUCCUGUGAUGUUUGCGCUUUUUCAACGGUGAAAAUUAUACCGGGAUAACUUCACGUCUGUUUAUUUUAUUUUUAACUGUUAAUUGUAAUUUUCGCAAUUACCGAGCCACACGUUGCUCACAAAGGAAUCCUUUACGAUUGUAUAUUUAUGUUCUGGUCGCAGAAAGAUACACCGCAAGUAGCUCUUACGAAAUGUAUUUUUUAAUUUGACAUUGUGUAUAUUGUGAAGUUUAUCACUGAGGUGUACCGACCUUGAGAACGAUGGUCGACAAAUGCAAUUGUCGCGUUAAACGUAUUCAAAAGAAUUGCCAUUAUUCCGAUAUAAGAUAACUCAACAAUUUUUUAAUAUUACGACUACUGUGUAUACCACUUUUGGAUAAAGAUUUUAGGACUUACGGAUCGAAUUGUUCUCAUUGUCGUCACCUGAAUCUUGAUCAUGAAGAAACUACGUUCCCAAUGACGCUCAAUAAUCUAUAGAAAAAGGACAUUGAUUCUGACCAGUUUGUACCAAAAAAAAUCAUCAAGUAACAAAUGGAAGUCUAUGCGUCAACUGUAAUGUGGCUGGGAUCAUUGUUUCUUCUGACCAUGAUCUUAUCUUUGACAUGAAAAAAAAAAAUCUCUUUAGAUAUAUACAAAUAUAUGUAUAGUGUAAUCGGAAAACAGUGGCAUUUUUGAUAUCAUAUUACUUUGGGAUGAUUAAUAAUUACUUAAUUGUUUGACUAUAUAAUAUAUAUGGUCAUCGGAUAACAAGAUCUUGGGAACCCAGGAUAAAAUUUUAUUGAAAAUCAUUCAACAUGUGAAUACACAAAAGUAUGUGUCCACCCGUAUCCGUAUUUAAUGAUUUUUUCGAUGCGUCAUUAUCAUGCCAGAAGGUGCGAUGAGAUGCAGCAAAGUAAAGAAUACGGUCAUGAUUUAUUUACAAUGAUAUCAAACAAUGCCAUCCUCUCUACGCUAGAAUGGUAAGAGGGCUUUUUGCAAAAACGCAGUUGAAAAUGUGAUAAGUUUUUGUAAAUGCUUGUAAACGUUUUCUCUAACUUUAAGAAACAUUGAAAUUAAGCUUAGGAGAAUCCCAGUAGAUAAUAUAACGGCGUCGUACGUGGAGCGAGGAAAACGCGUUCGUGCGAAAAACUCGCGUUUGAUCCAUUUCUUUCAUUGUUUCCGUGAAAAGAAGAAAGAAAAUUGCUCGUGCGUAUUUCACAAGAGUGUUUGCGGAAACGAUGAAGGAAAUUGUGAAGGCCGCUUUUUUGCGGUCGCGAACGCGAUUUUCUACGCAGGUAGCUUUUUUACGUAAUGUGACAAGUUUUUGCCAAAUAUAGUACUUAUUAGCAUAUAAGUCGGAAUUACGUUAAUUAUGGGAAUUAUUGUCGCGUGAAGGGUGAUGAUGAACAAUAGCUUGUCAAGUUGACGGUUAAUGUUGUCUCUUCGUUGUACCAGCCAGUAUUGUCGGAGAGAGCGAGAAAAAAUGUGAGGAAAGUAAGAGGAUAUAUAGAAUGUAGGAGAUCAGCGCAAGACCGAUGCAGCUAUUUUAUAUCUGUUGCCAAAAUCAAACCCAAGUAGCUUCCCAAAUGAAAAAAAGUAUUAUCGCGCAUCUUCCAGUUUCAAGAACAAUUUAUGACUAAUAAUAUUAUAUAAAAGUUUUUAGGUAUAAGGCAUAUUUUUUAUGUAUGCUUUUUCUGUACGCGAGGGAAAAAAAGGACAUCAAUAAAGAGAAAAACAUUUUCAAAACCAAA